AUGAUGAAGAUCAAAACUUUAAAGCCUACGAAUAAAAUGGUGAUAAAUUCGAUUGGACUAAAUCUAUCUACAGAUCCACGCGAUUAUUUGAUACAUACGGGAGAUACUUUCGUGCAUGUCGCUUCCAUGAAACAGGACGAUACGUUGGAAAAGCUAACACUCGGGUUAUCGACCGUUUUACCUCCCGGAAGCGAGUUCAUGUUAAAGUUUUCCUACACUGGAAAAAUUCGUGAUAGCCUCCGUGGGCUUUAUAAAGCUCCAUAUCUUAGCGAAACGGGGGAAAUACGGACCAUCGCCAGCACUCAAUUUGAACCGAUCUCCGCCCGACGGGUUUUUCCAUGUUUUGACGAACCAGAUUUUAAAGCUGCUUGGAAGGUUACGAUAAUCCACCCUCAAGGCUCGACAGCGUUAGCGAAUGGGAUCGAGGAAGGGGAGCCGAUACCUUUACCUGAUCAGCCCGGUUGGCUGAAAAGUACUUUCCGGGAAACGAUUCUACUAUCCACCUACCUGGUUGCCUUUACGGUCAACGAUUUUGUGUACCUUGAGGGAAGAACGAAGAGUAACGUUCGGGUACGACUAUGGUCUCGGAAAGCAAUUGUCGGAAAUCUAAAAUACGCCCUGAGCGUGGGGAUCAAAGUACUGGACUAUUUUGAAGAGUACUACGGCAUCAAUUUCCCGAUGCCAAAACAAGACAUGAUUGCGAUCCCGAACUUCGAGGCCGGCGCGAUGGAAAAUAUGGGGCUGCGAAACUCCCUACAGGAAAAGGAGCUGGUAACAAGGAUCGUCACGCAUGAGCUGGCCCAUCAGUGGUUCGGCAACCUAGUCACCCUGAAAUGGUGGGACGACUUGUGGCUAAACGAGGGUUUCGGCACGCAUAUGGAAUUUCUGGGUGCUGAGUAUGCAUCCGGCGGACAUUUUCAUGAGGCGUCCAAUUUCGAAACGGAAGCGGUGGCAAAGGCGUUCGAGAUGGAUGCCACUGGAAAUUCGCAUCCUUUAUCCUUCAAAAUCACUCGCGGAAGCGAUGCGUCGAAUGCGUUUGAUCAUAUUAGCUAUUAUAAGGGGGCAGCAUUUAUCCGGAUGCUGGAGAAAAUCAUUGGAACGGAAAGCCUGAAGAAAGGACUUCGGGCCUACCUCAAGAAAUACGCCUACUCCAACGCGGCGGCCAUCGACAUGCUUCGCGUUUUGGGGGAGCACGUCCCGGAAGAUAUUCUAGGCCCAGAUGGGGCUCGCUUCAAUCUGCCGAAAUUCUCAAUACCUUGGAUACAGCAGAUGGGAUUUCCGCUACUUUCCGUUCGACGAAUAGAUGAGAAUACAGUCGAGAUCCGCCAAAAACGCUUCAAAGCCAACCCGAGCCAGAAGGACCAGGCGCAAUACGCUGAGAAUCCACUUGGCUACAGGUGGGACAUACCAAUUUGGUACCAGGUUGGCGGCCGACCUCAAAGAAUAGUGUGGCUGCCAUUUGAUAAAGAGAGGAUUACGAUUCAUGUAUCCAAACGAGGAGGCACUUUAAUGAUCAAUCCCGAGGCAAUUGGAUACUACCGCGUAAACUACGAUGCAGAACUUUGGGGGCAGAUCGCUGAGCAGCUCGACAAGGAUCCGAAGGCAAUACCGCCACUCGGACGCUGUCGACUAAUCGACGACGCUUUUCAGCUGGCUAGCGCUGGAGAAUUACCUUACCAAACAGCUACUCGGCUAACCAGCUAUUUGGACCAGGAAACCGAUUUGUGCCCCUGGAAAACAGCGCUCAAGCAAUUUCUGGUCAUCGCCCUUAAUUUGGGGCCGGAAGCUGCCGAUGCGGGAUCGGCUGUGAAGGCAUAUAUCGGAGGGAAACUGAAUCCAUUACUCGAAAAAGUGGACCUAGAUAGCUCGAAUUUUAUGGGCGAUGAGGAUUUUGCGAAGAGCUCCUUACUUCGUGAUAUUACGAGUGUUUGCGCCUAUAUGCAACUACCGGAAUGUAUAAAAAAGAUGCAGGACAUUUUUAAAGAGAAAUUCAGCACCACCUGCUCUGCCAACGAUUUGGCAUCAAGUUGUAGCCGUGUUCCCAUCGACGUGAGGGGUGAUAUCUACUGCGCGGCUAUGAUAGGCGGCGACGAGAAGUUGUUCCAGAGCUUUAGAGACUACUUCAAGACCGGUGUGAACGAGAGGAAUUACCUGAUACUCGGAAUGUCGUGCGCCAAGGACCCGAAACUAAUCGACACCUUACUCACUGAUGCCUUGGAGACCAGAAACGGUUUCCAGUUGGGUGAUACAAUGCUGGCUUUUGCAAUGGUCGGCGUCCGUCCGUUCAACUCACAGCUAUGCACCGACUUUGUGUUGAAGCAUUGGCCAAGGAUUUUUGAGCGGUUUGGCGAAUCGAUACUGUCGCUACAAACCCUGAUCCAAUAUGGCGUUAGCGUCACAACUCAGGAGCAACUAGUCACGCUUGAAAAAUUCCUUGCUGACAACCGCGAAACAACGCGUGACUCGCUUACGAAAUGGAAUAGUGAAGUAGAACAUGGGAAGAAGCGGAUAGCAUGGUUGUCGAAGAAUAAGGAGCCGUUGAACAUAAACCGGAAGAGCGGCAAGACUGGCGAGAUCGGGAAUCCCGACUUUUUCAUUAUUGUUUUUUCGAUGCUGCUUGAGAUAUCUGAAUACGAGUGGCAGAUUGUUAUUUGUGGAACGAUCGGCCUCCUUGGCACGGCGGCUGGACUCCACUCUCUGUUCGUCAUUAGGCGCUGCCCGUUUUUGAUAGGUAUCGUCGAGCAUUACUGCCUAAUUCACGCAGCCACAGGAGUUAUUGUCAAUUUCGGACACUUUGGUUGGGCGGUACCAAGCGCAAUUUGGCACAUUCAAUACGACUUCUCCUUCGUCAACUAUUUUAUAUCAACCGUUAUUUUUGCGAGCGUUUUUGUCGCCUACGUAGCCCGGAUAUUUUUGGCGAUAAACCGCUGGCUGUCCGUGGCGUUCUAUGGCAAAUACUACUACCAUGUGGAAAAAGCAAAAACGUGGUGCUAUGUGACGCUAAUUGGCAGCUCCGUCAUUUUCAAUAUCCCGUUCCUAAUUCCCGAUUGUCGCCCAUCUGUCUACACCGACCCGUUCAUCUUUUUCUAUGCGGGCGAGGGAGGGUGUGGUCCGAUAUACUCCGAUAUUUCACAGAUCAAAUUCGGCUACCUCGAAAUUGGGGUGACGACCAUUAUGGAGGUGUCCUCCUUACUUUUGCUGAAUAUUCAGCUGAAGAAGUUGGAAAGGGGCCGCUCCGGGACAAAUUCACGCAGUCAGUUGGGCUGGCAGUUGCGGUUUGCUACGCAGCUUGUCGUAUUCAACGCGGGCGAGAUCGCGAGCCUGGCACUUUACACAUUUUUCAACCAAAUUGCGGCCAGCGUCUUUGAGCUCUUCAUCCUAGGCACAGCUUGUUGGCAGCUUCAAUGGCUCGUUGUCAGCUUUAUCUACAUCAUUUUCCAAAGCCGCGGCGAAAAGUCAACAGCUACCCCGGUAACGCUAGUUGUGGCCACUCGAAACUCAUCGCGGGCCCUAAACGCCGAAUUGGAAGUGCUCAACUACAUCGUUAGCUUUAUUAUUUACGCUUGCGUACCUUUUUCCUAUUUUGCAAGGAUGUCAAUGGCGUUCAAUCGGUGGAUAGCCGUCGCAUUUGAUGGGAAAUAUUAUAGCUACUUGGAAAAUGCGCGGGUCGUCAGUUAUGGUCUUCUGGUCGUCGUGCCAAUGCUCUUUGUGAUACCGCUUUUUAUACCGGGCUGUCGGGCCACCCUGCUCACCGACCCCUACAUCGUAUUCUGGACGGGGGAAGGUGAUUGCGGCCCGAUUUACAUAGAUAUUGUACAGAUCAAGGGUGGUUACUUCGAAAUCGCCGUUAGUAUGCUGUUCGAGCUGUGGGCCAUGUUUUUGUUGGGGAGGCGAUUAAGAUCGUUCAAGCAAAACUAUCGAGGCGUGAACUCCCGAAGUCAACUAGGUCGUCAAUUCCGGUUCGCGAGUCAGCUCGUUGCAAUUAACACGUCGGAAAUUGCUAUAAAUGUCACGUAUUCGAUUUUUACGGAAUAUGCCACGAGCGAUUUGCAUAUGUUUUUACUUGCUACGGCGAGCUGGCAACUUGGAGCUAUGAUAGUUUGUCUCAUCUACAUCUUCUUCCAAAGAAGUGGCGCCCAAUCCAGAUCAGGCAAGGUGACGCUGGUUGCCACUGGCCAGAAUUCUUCCAAAUUC